AUGGCCUCCCUUCCUUCUCCUGCUGGUCCGUCCGCACCGCAAUGGCGUUCAUUCACAUUCUUCGAUGUGGACGAUGUCAAAGAUAAUGAUGAUCUCGCUCAGUCACCUAGAUCAAUACGGUCUCUGACCCCACCCAUCAUCCUCACUCCCACAUCGAUCAACUCACCCCUGCCCCCAUCCCUAAUCGUCUCAUCAUCCACCCAUGUCACCCUCCUCAAUCGACACUUCCACGUGGAACGCACGUUCAAGGCCUGGGAGAAUAAUGGUAGAGCCACAGCUUUGUUGGAAGCUGGAGGAUUGUUAAUGGGCAUAGGUGAAGAGGAAGGUAGCAGAUGGCCAGUGUUAAAGAUAUGGGAUUUGACUAGAGAUGAGAAACGAAAGACUGCUCAGAAAGACAAUGGGAAUGGUGGAUCUUCUGACAGAGAGAGGGAGAGGGGACCGGUGUUGGUAAGGAAUACUAGGAUACAACAUGGUCAAAGACCUCAUCCUGUAUCAUCCAUCGCAAUUACGUCCAACCUCUCGCAUCUAGCCAUAGGUCUAGGGGACGGUACAGUCCUGCUAUACCGACACCUCUUACAAUCACUCACAACCUCUCCAACAUCACUGACAGCCUUGCCGAAAGCUCGAGUGAUUCACGAGUCUAGAGAACCUAUAACUGGCUUAGGGUUUCGUGAACCGCAAGAACCAAAUGGAACGGGAAUAUCGUUAUUUAUAGUCACGACAAAUAGGAUAUUAUCUGCGCCUGUGUCUGGGAAGAGCAGUAGCUCGGAGACCAGGACGAUAGAUGAGCUAGGAUGUGAUUUAGGUUGUGCAGUGAUGGACUCGCAGCGGAAGGAAAUAGUCGUUGCUAGAGAUGAAGCUAUUUAUCUGUAUGGUAAUGAAGGUAGAGGUGCCUGUUAUGCUUAUGAGGGUCCAAAGUCUUCGAUUUCAGUAUAUCAACACAAUCUGAUAAUCAUAUCACCACCUUUUUACCCAUCAGCGAAUUCAGCUUCAGCUACUGUACGACAUUACGUCUCGAAGCAAGCUAACACAACUACCAAUUCUGAUGGAGUGUCCACAUCGAACUCAUCUAACGAUAUUUCGAAAGUAAUCAUUUUCGACCUGCAGAACAAGCUAAUCAGCUAUAGUGGGACGUAUAGAGAUGGUGUUAGAGAGGUAUUUUGUCAGUGGGGAGGAAUAUUCGUUUAUGGUGGGAAUGGUAAACUCACAAGACUAAGUGAACACUCCACAUCUGCCAAACUUGACGUGCUGUAUAGGAGAAAUCUGUACACACUCGCCAUCAGUCUUGCCAGAUCACAAGGGAUGGGGGAGAGCGGUGUAGCAGAUAUACAUCGGAGAUAUGGUGAUUAUCUAUAUACCAAAGGUGAUUUCGAUGGAGCGAUGGGUCAAUUCGUCAAGACUUUGGGUAAUCUCCAACCUUCCUAUGUCAUCAGGAAAUUCCUCGAUGCUCAGCGGAUACAUAAUCUCACUACUUACCUCCAAGAACUACAUUCUCGUGGUCUAGCCAAUCCUGAUCAUACAACUUUACUCCUCAAUUGCUACACCAAGACUUCCGAUAGAGCAAGAUUGGACAGUUUCAUCAAGACCGAAGCGAGAAGAUCUGAUACUUCAGGAGACGAAGAAUUACCUUUCGACUUGGAAACGGCGAUAAGAGUUUGUCGGCAAGCUGGAUUCUAUGAGCAUGCUACCUACCUUGCCAAGAAAUUCGGGAGACACGAAGAGUAUCUGAGGAUUCAGAUCGAGGAUGCUGGUGAGAUUGGCGAGGCUUUGAGAUAUUUACGAGGAUUGGGACCGGAAGCAUGCGAGGAGAAUAUGGUGCGAUAUGGUCGUACUCUGCUCAAUGCUGAACCUCAAGCUACGACUGCCCUACUCAUUGACCUAUGUUCUGGAGACUUGGGAAAGAAAAAAGUCACAACGCCAGCUCUUGAAUCGAAACCUAAUGGAAAUACCACAACAUCUGCUGGCCCAGCGAUGUUAUCAUAUUUAGGCUACAACCGAGUGACCGGUCUUUUUACGGGUGACGCACCAUCAGGUGCUCAAUCUUCCGCUCAGACCGACGGCGCUGCACCACAUCCGAAUGGCAAAAAUGGUGAUGGACCAAAUGGAAUCGGAACGAGUUUAGAGUCCGCACCGGUAAUAGAAGAUGAACCAAGUUAUAUCCCACCUUCACCGAGACAAUACUUUGCUCAUUUUGUUGAUCAUCGAGAGCUAUUCAUCACUUUCCUGGAAUCCGUUGCUUCGGCCCUAUGGAAUCAGUCUCUUACCUUACCCCUUCCUACGAAGACUACCACUCUUACUGCUCCUUCAAGAAAUAUAGACUUGCCACCGCCAUCUGAUCCGACGACGAUCGAUCAAAGGGCAGUAUGGAAUGCUCUCUUGGAAUUAUACCUCGCAUCUGCCAAAUCGGAUGAUAUCGACUUGAUCAAAUUAUCAAGUGAAAAGGCUUUAGCUGUAAUUUCAAAUGUGGAUCUACCGUAUGACACAGUGCACGCUUUGAUCCUUUGUUCGACAGUAGGUUUCGAUCAGGGUCUGAUCAAAUUAUGGGAGCAGAUGGGAAUGUAUGAAGAUAUAAUUAGAUUCUACAUCGAUAAGAACGAUUCUGAGAAGGUACUAAAGCAUUUGGUGAUUUAUGGAAAAUCCGAAUCCAACUUUGGUUUAUAUCCACUAGUGUUGAGAUAUCUUACUAGUUCGCCUGCUAUAUUAUCGAAACGUCAUCAAGACCUUGUGAAGAUCCUUGAGAAGAUUGAUGAAUAUAGGAUAUUACCUCCCUUGGCGGUGAUUCAGCUCCUAAGCAGGAAUGGAGUGGCUAGUAUAGGUACGGUCAAGGAGUGGUUGAGAGGGAAGGUGGAAGAAAAUAGGGACCAAGUUGAAUCCGACAAACACCUAGUCGAAUCAUACCGAUCUGAAACGCUCACGAAGAAAAAGGCGAUCCAAGAUUUAUCGAAUGUAGAUCAACCUGAGGUAUUCCAAGUGACGAGAUGUGCGGCAUGUGGCGGCCAAUUGGAUUUACCCAGCGUACACUUUAUGUGUAAACAUAGUUAUCAUCAGAGAUGUCUAUCCGAUUCCGAACCUGAAUGUAUCCUCUGCGCACGUCAACACAGCGUCAUUCGGGAAUUGCGCAGAAAUCAAACUCGUCUGGCGGACAGACACGAUUUGUUUAUAGAUGAAGUGAAAGAUUCCGAAGACGGGUUCGAAGUGGUUGCGGGUGCUUUCGGAAGGGGUUUGAUGGGUAAGGAAAGAGAUUUGGAUGAUGUUGUAUAG